AGCGUGGAUCGCUGCGCCUGCAGCCCGGGAAGGGGCCACCACUCCAGGACCCGGCACCUUGGGUGCGUCCCAGGGGUAUGUCCACGCGCCGCCGCCGGGGUUGGAGCGGUCCCCAUGAGAAGCUGGGAAGCCCAAGAUCAAGGUGCUGGCAGAUGCUGUGACUGUCUUCUCGUUGGCAGAAGGAACAAAGAAGCUCUCAGAUGGCCAGUAAUCCAUACACCAGGUAGCAUUCUAUGCUAAUCUCGAAGACCAACAGGAAGUCACUGGACAGCUAAUUAUUCCAAGAUCAUAACUGGGUUGUUGGAGUGAUUUGGAAAAUAAGAAAAAAGAAUUGAAGCCAUGGCAAAAGUAAAUAGAGCUCGGUCUACCUCCCCUCCAGAUGGAGGCUGGGGCUGGAUGAUCGUGGCUGGCUGUUUCCUGGUCACCAUCUGCACUCGGGCAGUAACCAGAUGUAUUUCAAUUUUUUUUGUGGAGUUCCAAACAUACUUUGCUCAGGAUUAUGCGCAAACAGCUUGGAUCCAUUCCAUUGUAGACUGUGUGACUAUGCUCUGUGCACCACUUGGGAGUCUUGUCAGUAACCACUUAUCCUGCCAAGUGGGAAUCAUCCUGGGUGGCUUGCUUGCAUCUACUGGUCUCAUCCUGGGCUCAUUUGCCACCAGCCUGAAGCACCUCUACCUCACUCUUGGCAUUCUUACAGGUCUUGGAUUUGCACUUUGUUACUCUCCAGCUAUUGCCAUGGUUGGCAAGUAUUUCAGAAGACGGAAAGCCCUCGCUUACGGCAUCGCCAUGUCAGGAAGCGGCAUUGGCACUUUCAUCCUGGCCCCGGUGGUUCAGCUCCUCAUCGAACAGUUUUCCUGGAGGGGAGCAUUACUCAUCCUCGGGGGCUUUGUUUUGAACCUCUGUGUUUGCGGGGCCCUGAUGCGGCCAAUUACUCUGAAAGAGGACCGGAUAAGUCCAGAGCAGAGUCAUGUGUGCCCAGCUACAAAGCAAGACUGUAAGCAGGAGUCUCCCUGUGCAACUUUGACCAAAGCAUGGACGCAGACCUGCCCUUGUUGCUCCUUGCAGCAGGAAUACAGCUUUUUACUGAUGUCAGACUUCGUGGUGUUAGCCAUCUCUGUUCUGUUUAUGGCUUAUGGCUGCAGCCCUCUCUUUGUGUACCUGGUGCCUUACGCUUUGAGUGUCGGAGUGAGUCACCAGCAAGCUGCUUUUCUUAUGUCCAUGCUUGGGGUGAUUGACAUUGUUGGCAAUAUCACGUUUGGAUGGCUAACCGACAGGAGGUGUCUGAAGAAUUACCAGUGCAUUUGCUACCUCUUUGCCGUGGGACUAGAUGGGCUCUGCUAUCUCUGUCUCCCGAUGCUUCAGAGUUUCCCCCUGCUUUUGCCUUUCUCUUGUACCUUUGGCUACUUUGACGGUGCCUACGUGACUUUAAUCCCAGUAGUGACUGCAGAAAUCGUGGGGACCACCUCUUUGUCAUCAGCACUGGGUGUGGUGUACUUCCUUCAUGCAGUGCCAUACUUGGUGAGCCCACCCAUCGCAGGAUGGCUGGUGGACACGACUGGCAGCUACACUGCAGCAUUUCUUCUCUGUGGAUUUUCGAUGAUAUUUAGUUCUGUGUUGCUUGGCUUUGCUAGACUUGUAAAGAAGAUGAAAAAACCCCAGCUGCGGUUUGUUGCCAAAGAAUCUGAUUCCAAGCUGCAGCCAUGGACCAAUGGGUCGGUGGCUUAUUCUGUGGCGAGAGAAUUAGAUCAGAAAAAUGGGGCCUCUGUGGCUGCGCCAGUGCCUGGCUACAACCCCAUAUGACCAUGGCCGUGAGCCUGGGAAUGAAUCUUCAGGGCUGAGAGAGGUGGGACCAUGUGCCUGAACACAUUUGUAUGUUUCCAAGCAUUUUAUUUUGGCUGAAACAUUGCCUUUCAAGAAAAUUAUUAUUUUGUUAACAUGCCUAUAGGUGAAAAUAGCAAAUGACAAAGCAAGUUUGACUCGCUCAGAGUUUUCUCAUUUGGGACUUGGACUCAAAAUUCAACUCACACCUUUUGGACAAUGAGCUGCACCUCAUGGACGACAUGAGGAUGUAACUGCUGUGGGCAGUGAUCAUUAGACACUGCUUCAAGACAUGACUGAAGUAGAUGACCCUGGUCCGCAGUUUUGUCCCAAACUUUCUGCCCCUCCAUUGUCCCUGUACCAUUAGGAGGUGAAAGGAAAUGCUAACAUACAGGUUUGCUACUUUAUUAUGCUGUUCGCAGAAGGAGAGUCAAGCUGUGGUGCUGGAAGGAGAAGCUGUCAAAAUCUUUCCAUAGGGGAGUUUCUCAGUAAUGACUGUUAAUUUUUUCUUUUCCACCUUGUUUUUCUUUCUUUUCCCUCUUAUUCUUCCAGCCAGCCUUUCCUCUGCCAAUGGGUAGAUACCACUUUGAGAAUCCAAAGAAUCAUGGACUGUCAUGGCUGAAAGAGGUCUUAAGGGGUGGCUGGUUAGAUCUUUUUAAAGUUGUCCACUGGAAACUAAAAACUUAUUUCCUAAGACUAUGCCCCAGGCAUUAACUUUUGUUACCAUCUCCUAUAGUACUUACUCUAAAUUAAGGCAAAAGUAGCAAGUCACAAGGGCAAUUUCUCACCCUUACCUGCAAUGUUAACACCAACACUUUCCAUUUUUUUUUUUUUUUCAUUAGAAAUAAAACUCUGAUUUAAAUUGCAGACACAUUCCUGUUAGGAACAGAAAAACGUUGGCAAUAUUCCACCUGGGCAGGAAUUCAGUUCUUGAAACAGGUUUCUGGUGUUUUCUUUUCAGAUCAGACAUUUAGGUUCAUCAUUAGCUAAAAAAGACGUGUGUGGUUUUGCCUGAAGAAAUAUACUUCUAGAGAUUCCUUUCUGUUUGUGUUAAUUAUGGUUCCAAUGUCCACUGGUCUUCAUCUUUUUUUGUAGAUAAUCACUGAAAAUUUGGUGGACUUUUUCAGCUGAAUGAGAAGUUUUAGGGGUUAGCCUCCAUGUCCUAAGCCCUCUCGUUAAGUAGAGCUUUGGUCAGGGAUUGCUCUCACAUACUCAUCGGAUUAGAAUAGUUUUCUCCUAUUCUAAGUGCUCUACUUUUCUAGUUUGGGGAUAUGUUUUUGUCACAGGGUGCGGAGACAGAAGAGAAAGGACGAACCCCCAGUAUGUUUCCAACCAUUUUAAGUCCACAGAAUUGUAAAUCUAAAUCCCAAGUCUUGUCACACCCAUGAAUGGAGGCUUGUGAUACAAUUGAAUGGGGACUUUAAUUGUUCAAAGGUUUAAAGUCUGCACCUCAAGGAAAUAUUUGGACCCUAAAGACCAUUGACUCCUCUGUCUCCUGAGAAGCCUCACAAACGCCCUCGUAACUGCCAGGGGCACCCUGAGGAAAGACAUAACUGGGAAGAAGAGCCUGGGCUGACUGAACAUGUUUAACUAGAGUUUUUGCCUGUAACUGGACUAUUUCAUGAAAUUACACAUUAAUACAUUGCUCUCAGAAUGAAACGCUGACUCGAUUUUGAGUAUUUCACAGUUGUUUCCUAAAAAGAAAUUUGAA